AUGAUGAAGAUUGGGGAUACAUCAAUAGGGGUAAUGUCUACAACACAAGGGAAUAUGAAGAUGAAGAGUUUGGCUAUCAAAAUGGCAACUACGUUGGGGAUGAAGAGUAUGGUUACGGGAAUAGAAGGAAUGACGGUUACGGGAAUAACCGCCAACCACGAACAACAACCAACGGAACCCCAAUCGGAUUCCUCAUUUCGUGGGAGGUGGAACUCAAAGAGGAAAUCAAGCACUAUUGGGGGGCACAACUUUGCGUUAGAAGAGGUCAAACUUCGCUUAUUCCAAUUCUCAUUGAAAGAUAAAGCGAAGCAAUGGUUCCUUACCCUCCCGGCCAAUAGCAUCCGCACAUGGGGAGAAAUGCAACAAGCAUUUCUAGAUGAGUACUAUUUUAUGGCAAAGACCGACGACGCUCGUGAUGAAAUUAGGUCUUUUCGCCAAUUAUCGGGCGAACCGUUACAUGAGGCGUUUACAAGAUUCAGGGAAAUGAUGCGAAGAUGCCCACAUCAUCAAAUUGAGAAGUGGGAAUUGGUCAAGUGCUUUGUACGGGGUUUAGAUGAUACAACAUGGAAUCGUCUCGAGUCGACAAGUAAUGGGACUCUCUUGAGCAAUCACGAAGAUGAUGAUUGGGAGUUUUUAGAGCGGAUGAGUAAGCGGUCAAAAGAGAAAGAGUCGGCCGAUAGAGCUAAAAAACACCCCGUUUCCCGAUUGCUUCCCGAUCUUGACUCUAAAGAUUGGAUUUCUACUCUAGAGCGGGAGAUGGCUCGAAUGAAGAAGAAGGAGGUUAACGCGGUCCAAUUUGAUGUGUGUGAGGAGUGUGGUGAUAUUGGGCAUAAAGUGGAACAAUGUCCAACAGGGCCGAGUAACUACACGGAGGAAGUCAAUCAAGUAAGCGGGUCGAACAAUCAAACCGGUGGCGAUAACUUGAGUGCCAAGAUGGAUGCCUUGCUGAACAUGCAAAAAGAAUCUCAAAGCAACAUAAAAGAGACUCACAAUGAUGUCAAAGAGAUGAAGAAGACAAACGAGAUUCGAGAUAAAGCACAUGAGGCAUUGGCGAAACAAGUGGGUCAACUAGCGGAAGAAGUGGCUCAGAUAAGGGGAAGCAUGGGGAAGCUUCCAAGUGACACUACAGUAAACCCGAAGCAUCAAGGUUUUAGCACAAGCAACGUGAGGGAUGCACGCGUUAGCGCGGUAAGUAUUCUUUUAAAUGAUGAAGUUUGUAGUGUUGUAAACAUUCCACCACCACAAUUCGUUGAUGGUGUAGUGGAAAAUAUAGGUGAGGAGCCGGAAAGUGAAAAUGAACAUGAAACGAUUUCACAAAGUAAAAAUGAAAACGUAACUAAAAAUUCUUUUUGUGAAAAUUGUUUAAAUCAACUUAACCCGCUUAAUGCAUCGAAAAGUGAAGAACGGUGCCCACCGAAGGACGAGGGGUGGGAAAAUUUUAAGCAAGCUAAAAUUAAUUUACCGUUACUAGAUGACAUUAAAAAGGUUCCGGCUCAUGUGGAAUGCUUAAAGGAGUUAAGCAUCGAAAAACGACACAACAAAUUACCCAAACUGGUUGAUUUGAUAUCUCAUGUGAGUGCCGUUUUAUCGAGUGCCCUUCCCCCAAAAGCUCAAGAUCCGGGAGAUCCUUUUAUUCCAAUUCAAAUUGGAACAUUUAAAAUUGAGAGGGCGCUCCUAGAUCUUGGAGCUUGUGUGAGCAUCUUGCCCGGGAGUGUGUAUGACCAAUAUGAUUUUGGUCCAUUAAAAAAUUUUGAUACUCCCGUGGUAUUGGCCGAUCAGACUCCCACGUAUCCAAGGGGGAUGGUGGAGGAUGUGAUUGUUAAGGUGGAUGAUUGCUACUACCCAGUUGACUUUUUGGUAGUAGACUAUGUUGGGUGUGAUGGGGACACCCAACCAAUAGUCAUACUGGGUAGGCCGUUCCUGGCAACUGCUAAUGCCAUAAUAAAUUGUGCAACGGGAACGGUAAGCAUGAAGUUUGGGGACCAGGAAUUAAAAUUAAAUGUUUUUCCAAAAUUUACUAACCCACCCGGUGAGGAUAAGUGUCCUAAAAAGGACAUGAAUCCAAACAAAAAGGUUUGUGCUAUGGUUGGUAGGUUUGGAGAAACAAAGAAGAAGACGGUCAAGAAGAAGAAAGCAAAGAAGUCACCUCUAGAAAAGAAAAAGGAAGAGGAGGUGAGGAAGUUUGGACCGUUUGGCAACAAAUGGUACGAAUCACCGAUGGGUGAUUUUGAGGAGCUCGUGGACGUCAAGCAUGCCAUUCGACCACCAUGA